AUGAUCCGUUUUGUCGCUCAACCCAAAGAACCAAGAACUAUACACUGGUCCGAACUCGUGGACUGUCUCACGAAAAUUGAGGUACAUGUAAAUUUAUAUGAACAGGCCACCGCCGUCGCCUCGACCAUGGCCUGCACUUCGUCAAGUUUGUUGUUGACAAUGGCUUCCCUUUUCAUCCAUGGUUCAACGAUUCUCUUUGCUCUCUUUGGCGUUUCCGGGAAGAAAUUAUAUACAGAAAAUAUGACACUGGACUUCGCUGUUGAAUGCCCUAAGAUCGAUUUUAACAAAAUUGUGUUUAUCACUGUCAUUGUUGUCACAGUUAUCAACAUUGACCUCGUUAAUAAUUGA